AUGAGGGUGCUUUUCGAUUUUCAUAAAUUAUUGAAUAUUGUUGAAGAAGGUAUUCCAGCAUUGCCGGAGGGUGCAACGGCUGCACAACAAACAACCAAUCGAGAGAAUAAGAAAAAAGAUAAAAAAGCUCUAUAUCUUAUUCAUCAAAGCGUUACCUAUGAAGUGUUCGAGAAAAUUGCUGGAGCCACCAUAUUAAAGCAAUCAUGUGAUACAUUGAUGACGACAUAUAGAGGUGAUGUGAAGGUUACGAAAGUGCGGUUACAAACAUUGAGACGACAAUAUGAGCUUCUGGAGAUGGGACCAUCGGAGUUGGUGGCAGAGUAUGUAAGUCGUCUUUUGACUUUAACAAAUCAAAUGAAGACAUAUCGAGAUGGUUUUAGUGAACAAGCCAAGGUGGAGAAAAUAUUGCGAACUUUAACGGCAAAGUUCGAGCAUAUUGUCGUAGCCAUUGAAGAGGCUCACGAUUUAUCCACAAUGACUGUUGAUGAAGUAUCGGGCACAUUACAAGCCCAUGAGCAGCGUAUGAAUGAAAAAAAAAUGGAGAAGCCAAUUGAGCAAGCCUUCCAAGGUUCGGUGACGCUUAAUACCAAACAAAGCGAUGAAGCUACAAGUCGUGGCAAUUCACGUGGAAGAGGACGUGGCCGUGGUGGUCACCAUAGCAUACAAUAUCGACAUGAAAAAGUUGGGGCAGCAUGGAAUAAUUUUGAUCAUUCCAAUCAAAGCCAUCAAAGAGGUCAAAAUUAUGGAGAUCGUGGUCGAGGGCGUGGUCGGAACAAAGGAAGGUUUGACAAGUCACAUGUUGAGUGUUAUACUUGUCAUAAAUUCGGUCAUUAUUCUAAUGAAUGCAAAUACAAAGGAAUUGACGAAAAGGCGCAUUAUGCGCAAGAUUAUGACGAUCAAGAUGAUCAUGGCCAUGCUCUUUUGAUGGUUACUUCAACCAAUGAAGUGUCAAACUCUCAUACAUGGUUUCUAGAUACCGGGUGUAUAAAUCACAUGUGCAGUAAGCGCGAGCUUUUUGUUGAACUUGAUGAAUCAGUCCGAUCUCAAGUUAUGUUUGCCGACAUAGUAUAG